GUUGCUGAUUGUAUAUAUGUAGCUACAUAUAUAUGCAUUUCCGUUGAAAAUUUCAAGCUAGCUCCCUCUUUCGGCAGGUGCCUGCGUUACGAAACAUGUAAACAUUAUCUACAUGGAAAGGCGGUAUAUUUCAUAGAUAAAUUCACGGUCACACUGGUUUACAUGUGCUUCGAAAUCAAAAUAAAUUAAUAUUCAAAAUGCUACGGAAAUCAAAGAAACAGCCACAAACAGUGGCGGAUAAAGUCAGCAAACUGCUGGCCCAUCCCAAUGGCAGCGAUUCGGAGGAGGACUCUGACUUUGAUGUGGCCACAGGGCCGCGCGUUGUGGAUUUCGAGCAAGACGAAUACGAUCUGCCCGAUGCUCGCAGCACGGAUAUUCGCAAGCGGAAUGUGAAGCUGCUGUCGGAGCAGAGUGAGCGCUACAAGGGAAAGAUCAGCAGUCGGAAGGAACUGGAGGAACUGGAGGAACAGGAUGACCAGAGCGAGGAGGAGGUGCCCUAUGAGGACAGCGACAGCGAUGAAGAUAAUGCACUAGCAUCCAUUAAUCAGAAGCUAAAAUCUGGAACCCAAGAAUCAGCGCACAGCGGAGAAGAGGAUGAUGAAGAAUUCGACGACAACGACGACACUGAAGAAGAAUUCGACGACGACGACGACACUGAUGAACAAUUCGACGACGACGACACUGAUGUAGAGGCUGAUGAUAGCAUCGAACCCUCUGAUAUCAUGUCGAAAUCGAAUCCCCAAGCUGAAAUCCAAAAAGGUCUCUGCGUCCAGAACCAACUACGCAUCUGGGAGCGUCUCCUCGAGCUGCGCAUCAACACACAAAAGGUCACCAGCAAAGCGAAUCAGCUGCCACCGCCCGAGACCCUCAAAACCCUUGGCGCCGAGAACGAGGAACUCCAGUCGGUGCUGAGCGAGGCCAAGGAACGCUCCUCGAAACUGCUGCAACAGCUGCUGGCCCUGCAAACGGCACUCAGUCAACAGAACUCAGAGACAAGGAAAUCGGUCAAGCGAAAGACAGUGUCAUCGGAGGAGACAGAACCACCAUUGAAAGUCUUUGCGAAUGUACUGCAAAGCAAUUUCCUGAACAUGACGGGCUACCGCAAUGAAGUGCUGCUGAAGUGGGACGAUCGCACGAAACUUCUGACGCCAGGAGCGGGUCUGAAGCGAAAGUCGCUGCAGGAGGACUACGACAUCAUCAAGAAGAUCGGCAGUGCCCUGGCCAAUCGGGAGGCACUCGUCGAGAAAUCCCAGACGCUGAAGAGCAACCAGCCGGAGAAGCAGCAGCAAGAGAACGAUCCUCAACCGCAGCGGCAGCCCCAUGUCUACGACGACAGCGACUUUUACCAUCAGCAGCUGCGUGAAUUGAUUGAAUACAAGGCCAGCACCUCGUCCAACAUGAGUGAGAUCACAAAGCAGUUUGUGGAGCUCCAAAAGUUGCGUCAGAAGAUGAAAAAGAAGGUCGACACCAGAGCCAGCAAAGGGCGAAAGUUGCGUUAUGUGGUGCACAAUAAGCUCACUAAUUUCAUGGCUCCCAACGAGGCUACCGAGUGGACGGAAAGCUCCAAAUCCGAGUUGUAUAAAUCGUUGUUUGUCUAGCAAAAUAUAUCUAAAUUUCCUAUAGAUUAUUCAUAUUCUUUCCAUUUGAACAUUUGAGUAUCGUUGAACAAACAAAUCGAAAUCGUCAAGUGCACUACGAUAUUAUCUGGAACACUUUCAGGACAUAUGUGUCCCUGAAAGGAUAGUUCUUGCUGAGAAAUUGUUCAAUUGGUAUUUCUCCUGAAAUAGGGCAGAGAUUUCUGAGAAACUUUUAAUUCUACAUAUCUCUAUGCAUCAAAGUUUUGGUUGGACUUUUCUAUGUAGGCUUAAAAAUCCCCGAAGAUCAAAAGAUGUCUAGCUUUAUUUAUCAGAUUUAAAAUACUACGGAAAAUGUUCCGAGAUAACUGUUUCUUUGUCUUUCUGUGGCUGUCGCUUUGAUCAUUUUAAACCCCCAAAUAUUUUAAAAUUAAUUCUAAUUAAAAUGAGUGACCAAUUG